AUGGCACAAAACGGUAGUUGGUCAAGCAGCAGUGGUGGCAGCUCAUCCUCGUCGGCCGCGCAGAGUCGCGGACUAGCGACAGCAAACGGUCCGCAAGAGGAACGUUUAGUGGUUGUUGUUCGCGUGCGACCGAGCGAUGAAAGCUCYGAUCAUUGCAUUGACGUGAUUUCGGACAAAUCACUAUUAUUUGAUGAUGGUGGUAAAAGUCGACCGAGACAGUACUCGUACGAUCAUGUUUUCAAAGAAUCAGACACGCAGGAGCGGGUCUAUAAGAAAACGACAGCUCCCUUGGUUAAAGACGUGCUCAAUGGACUUAACGCUGCGGUUUUCGCUUAUGGUGCCACCGGUUCGGGCAAAACACACACCAUGUUGGGUCCCUGUCGUAAGAAAGGUACUUCAACAGCCAACGAACGCGGCGCCACGGCAACUUACGAUGUCGAUGCCAAUAACAAUGAAAGUGGAUUGAUGGUGCGAGCCAUCGAGGAAAUAUUUCAAAAUAUCGACAAUACRUCAAAUAAUGGUAGCAAGGUAUCCAUUUCCUACUUGGAAAUAUACAAUGAGCUUAUUCGUGAUCUACUGAACCCUGGCGGACCGYURGAACUGCGUGAAGAUAAUCGCGGUCAACGCAUAACUGUCGCCGGUCUCUCGGAGAUCACCACGACUAGUCGACAAGAGGUCGUUUCGUURUUGCUYAGGGGCAACAAAGCACGUACCAUGGAGCCGACAGCAGCCAACCAAACAUCGUCACGCAGCCAUGCCUUACUCAGUAUUACCGUACAGACGAAAACACCGUUGGGCACAAAACAGGGACGUCUCUUUCUCACCGAUCUUGCUGGUUCGGAACGUGCUAAGAAGACUAAGAAUCGUGGUAAGCGUUUACAGGAAGGUGCACACAUCAAUCGCAGUCUACUGGCGCUUGGCAAUUGCAUCAAUGCGCUGUCGGGUGGUGCGCGUUACGUCAACUAUCGUGAUUCGAAGCUUACGCGCUUACUAAAAGAGGCAUUAAGUGGCAAAUGCAAGACGGUUAUGAUUGCGCAUGUCGCACCCGAAGCUAAGCAUCGUGACGAAACCAAAAAUACACUUGUAUAUGCGGAUCGCGCAAAUAGUAUUUCUACACGCUUACAGAAUUCCGUUUACAUUGAUGAGGUCAAGAACUUUCCCACAAAACACUACCAAAAUCUGGUAACGGAAUUGCGCGAGGAGGUAACACGUCUGCGUAGUAAAAUGCUUACUGAACGACCGCGUAGUGGUGCAGCGGCAGCGGCUGCGGCUCAACCGACGCGCUCCACCGAAGAGGAUGAGAAACGUAAAACGGAAYUACGCUACCUGCGCGAACAGAUCGUGCUCACGUUCAAGCAACAAAUGAAGCUGCGUCGCAAGCUGCUCGAAGCGGARAGCCAUUUGCUCGGUUUGGAGCUUGAUGCAGAGCGUCAGCACAUGAUCAUAUCGCAUUGGCAAGGACGCAUGGGUAAACUUUACGAUUCACCGGCUGACGACGAUAUUGAAUCGGAAGGCGCGAUUGCCUUGAAAAAUGCUUGGGGCGAACUCUCGGCAAUCGAGAAAGAGACAAGGCGCUACAAAGAGAUCCGUGAGCGUACUGAACAAGAACUUGAAAUGUGUCGGCAAAAAGGUGUGCAGUUAGAAGAUGAACUUCCGGAACGCAUUACCAGCGAUGAAGAGCGCGAAUUGUUGGCGCUACUUUGUCGCGUGCAUGAAUUGGAAGCCGACAAGGUGUCGCUACAAGCUGAGCGCCUAGCAAGGCAGGCUGAGCUGAGACGACGCGACCUGCAGCUGUUGCGUGCCGAACGUCAGCGGCGUUUAUGUGAGGAUAUCAUAAGUUCACAACGUCGUUUGAUUGAGGAAGGCAAUGUCGAAUUGCCCGACGAGCUACGCGAACUUUACGGUCUAUACCAGCAAGAAAUACAUGCUGGCGUUGUUACGCCGUCCACAUCUUAUGAGCGUAAAUUGCCGCCAAUCUAUACGGCUGGUUCCGAAUCACCCGGUUCUAGUUCCAGUUCUGAAUGGUCGCCUGGUUCACCGCURCCGCCGAUCGACAGUCAAAUACUUAGCGCUUUUCAAGAUGGCCCGGAUCGACACAUGGGACCUCUUGUUAAUCCACGUUUACCGAAAUUAUCCGCGACAAAUACACCAUCUACACGACGUGGCACCUCAAUACGAAUGGCUAAACAUGCGCCCAACAACACUUAAGACCCGACAAUGAGCAACCGAAAAACACACAGCCUUCAAAAGCRCAAGAGCUUCAUUUAUUUGUAGAAAAUUAGGCCUAGGCGAAUGGAAAAGUUU